AUGACUCAGGAGGCUUCUGACAGUGACGCUGACGAACCUCUGCUGACAGUCGUUGGUGCUCGAGCUAUCGCCUCCUGGACAGAGAGUGUCAUCCCGCUGUGUAGAACCAUGGCGGAGUACAAGUUGGCAGUGGAUUCCAGCAAGAAGGCCACGGAGCUGCCGCUACUGAGGGUCUGUGGCACUGUGCAGCAGAAUCCUCACAUGCGCGCCUUCUGGGCCAGCACAAUAUCUUUCUUCCUUGCCUUCCUGGGUUGGUUUGCCUUGGCGCCUUUAGGCCUCGAAGUUGCGACCAGCAUGGGAACGUGCGAAAACCAGCUCUUCCCUCCCACGGAUUUCCCAACACGACCAGCCUACCUGAAGUUCAAGAACCUGAAGAGUGGGCUGAGCUAUUGCCAGUAUGGGGUCGUCAAGGAGGACGGCAAACCGAUCGAUUGCCAAGACGUCCCCGGAGAUGUGGUGAGCGGCGCCGGCUCAACCGCUGAGGAGAAGGAGAAGUACAGGCCCCAGGUUCUCGCAAAGUGCGUGUGCACCCCAGGCACAGAGUGCAAGUCCGUGAUAGCGAACGCUGGCGUGGCCUCGGUUGCCUCGACCAUCUUCGUGAGGGUAGCCUUGGGGACGCUUCUAGAGCGCUUUGGCCCCGUGAACGUUCAGUGCGGCUUGAUGUCCUUCGGGGCUUUCUGGGUGGCCAUGGCGGCCGCGAUUACGGCUCCCUGGAACUACACGCUGAUCCGCUUCUUCAUAGGCUGCGCUGGCGCCACUUUCGUGACCAAUCAGUUCUGGUGCUCGCUGAUGUUUGCACCCAACGUUGUUGGCACGGCCAAUGCCACUGCGGCCGGUUGGGGCAACCUGGGAGGCGGUGUAACCCAGAUUUUUAUGAUGUCCGUACUGUUCAACCCAAUGGUGGCCUCCGGGAUGGAGCCGAAUGUCGCUUGGCGUGUCUCCAUGGUGGUGCCAGCGGUCAUGUUCGUGAUUUGCGCCAUCUGCAUGAAGCUCAUGAUGUGCUGGGAUAUGCCCACGGCCCGCAACUACGAUCCGGCCGUGACCGGCAAGACACAAAAGCCUUCGAUGUGGGACUAUGUCGAGGUGCUGCGUGACGUUCGCGUGGUGGUCAUGAUCUUCCAAUAUUCCGCAUGCUUCGGCACGGAUCCCCGUCUGCUCUGUUUAAUUAUUUCCGAGAAGAUUUGUGCAAUUGUAGAACUCGCAAUGAACAAUCAGUUGGCUACGCACUUUCGGACGUACUUCCAGAUGGAUGCAGGUGAUGCCAGCGCCCUGGCGGGUGCUUUCGGCCUCAUGAACCUGUUCGCAAGAUCACUGGGAGGCAUUAGCAGCGACAUUUGCUUCAAGUACUUUGGCUUCCGCGGCCGCAUUUGGGCCCAAUUCCUGGCACUCUUCUUCGAAGCCAUCUUCUUGUUCAGCUUCGGAAAGGUGGACAAUUCGCAGCCUUGGUACGUGGCCUUGGCGGUCUUGGUUUGCUUCUCGCUCUUUGUGCAGAUGGCUGAGGGCACCUCCUACGGCAUCGUGCCCUUUAUGAACCGGAAGCAACUCGCAGUGGUGUCCGCGCUUGUGGGUGCCGGUGGAAACCUCGGCGCAGUGAUUGCAGGCUUCUGCUUCUACAAGCCGAUCCAGGAUGCCCUGCUGCCUUUCCAGGUCCAUGCGGGCUAUGUUAUGUUUUGGGCGCUGCUGAGCCCCUGCUACUACUGGUCCGAGAUGGGUGGGAUGUUCUAUGGACCGGCACAGAGCGUCGAGAAGGGCAAGACCGGCGACUACGAGUCUCACGCGGUGUCCGAGGCCACCACUGCAGCCACCACUGAGACACGACUCCGGAAACUUCUGACAGUGAGACCUGCGAACAUGAGCGAACUCCUGCUCACAGUUGGUGCUCGAGCUACAGCCUCCUGGACAGAGAGUGUCAUCCCGCUGUGUAGCACCAUGGCGGAGUACAAGUUGGCAGUGGAUUCCAGCAAGAAGGCCACCGAGCUGCCGCUACUGAGGGUCUGUGGCACUGUGCAGCAGAAUCCUCACAUGCGCGCCUUCUGGGCCAGCACAAUAUCUUUCUUCCUUGCCUUCCUGGGUUGGUUUGCCUUGGCGCCUUUAGGCCUCGAAGUUGCGACCAGCAUGGGAACGUGCGAAAACCAGCUCUUCCCUCCCACGGACUUCCCAACACGACCAGCCUACCUGAAGUUCAAGAACCUGAAGAGUGGGCUGAGCUAUUGCCAGUAUGGGGUCGUCAAGGAGGACGGCAAACCGAUCGAUUGCCAAGACGUCCCCGGAGAUGUGGUGAGCGGCGCCGGCUCAACCGCUGAGGAGAAGGAGAAGUACAGGCCCCAGGUGCUGGCAAAGUGUGUGUGCACCCCAGGCACAGAGUGCAAGUCCGUGAUAGCGAACGCUGGCGUGGCCUCGGUUGCCUCGACCAUCUUCGUGAGGGUAGCCUUGGGGACGCUUCUAGAGCGCUUUGGCCCCGUGAACGUUCAGUGCGGCUUGAUGUCCUUCGGGGCUUUCUGGGUGGCCAUGGCGGCCGCGAUUACGGCUCCCUGGAACUACACGCUGAUCCGCUUCUUCAUAGGCUGCGCUGGCGCCACUUUCGUGACCAAUCAGUUCUGGUGCUCGCUGAUGUUUGCACCCAACGUUGUUGGCACGGCCAACGCCACUGCGGCCGGUUGGGGCAACCUGGGAGGCGGUGUAACCCAGAUUUUUAUGAUGUCCGUACUGUUCAACCCAAUGGUGGCCUCCGGGAUGGAGCCGAAUGUCGCUUGGCGUGUCUCCAUGGUGGUGCCAGCGGUCAUGUUCGUGAUUUGCGCCAUCUGCAUGAAGCUCAUGUGCUGGGAUAUGCCCACGGCCCGCAACUACGAUCCGGCCGUGACCGGCAAGACACAAAAGCCUUCGAUGUGGGACUAUGUCGAGGUGCUGCGUGACGUUCGCGUCGUGGUCAUGAUCUUCCAAUAUUCCGCAUGCUUCGGCACGGAACUCGCAAUGAACAAUCAGUUGGCUACGCACUUUCGGACGUACUUCCAGAUGGAUGCAGGUGAUGCCAGCGCCCUGGCGGGUGCUUUCGGCCUCAUGAACCUGUUCGCAAGAUCACUGGGAGGCAUUAGCAGCGACAUUUGCUUCAAGUACUUUGGCUUCCGCGGCCGCAUUUGGGCCCAAUUCCUGGCACUUUUCUUCGAAGCCAUCUUCUUGUUCAGCUUCGGAAAGGUGGACAAUUCGCAGCCUUGGUACGUGGCCUUGGCGGUCUUGGUUUGCUUCUCGCUCUUUGUGCAGAUGGCUGAGGGCACCUCCUACGGCAUCGUGCCCUUUAUGAACCGGAAGCAACUCGCAGUGGUGUCCGCGCUUGUGGGUGCCGGUGGAAACCUCGGCGCAGUGAUUGCAGGCUUCUGCUUCUACAAGCCGAUCCAGGAUGCCCUGCUGCCUUUCCAGGUCCAUGCGGGCUAUGUUAUGUUUUGGGCGCUGCUGAGCCCCUGCUACUACUGGUCCGAGAUGGGUGGGAUGUUCUAUGGACCGGCACAGAGCGUCGAGAAGGGCAAGACCGGCGACUACGAGUCUCACGCGGUGUCCGAGGCCACCACUGCAGCCACCACUGAGACGAGCGUGUGA